CCAAGAUGGCGUCGCUGUUUGCAGCAAAUCCUUUUACAACUUCAGUUGGGCAAAGAAUAGAAAAAGCGACUGACGGUGCCCUUGCUUCAGAAGACUGGGCAUUGAAUCUAGAAAUAUGUGAUAUAAUAAAUGAAACAGACGAAGGGCCGAAAGAUGCUGCUAAAGCUAUCAGAAAACGCCUCACAAAUAAUAAAAACUUCAAAAGUGUUCUUCUAACGUUGACGGUACUUGAAUCAUGUGUGAAAAACUGUGGGCAUCGUUUCCAUGUCUUGAUUGCUAAGAAAGAUUUCCUUGAUGAAAUAGUCAAAAUACUUAACCCCAAGGUAAAUGCUCCUCAAGUUGUACAGGAUAAAAUACUGUCGCUAAUUCAAGAUUGGGCYGAUGCAUUUAGAAACAGUCCAGACAUGAAUCAAAUACUACAAACAUAUGAAGCAUUACGAAGCCAAGGUAUUGAGUUUCCUCCCAAGAAUCUUGAUACAUUAUCUCCUAUCUUCACCCCCGAGAGAUCACAACCUGAGCCUCCCAUAACUCGAUCAUCAACAACACGGCCUUCAACUUCUCCUUCUCAUAACACUGCAUCACAUGGUAGAACAGAGGUUGCACCACCAUUGCCAAUACAGCAGCCAGUUACAAUGACAGGACCAGUAAAUCCAACACCAGAACAGCUUGCCAAAUUACGGUCAGAGUUAGACAUUGUCCAGGGUAAUGUACAGGUCAUGUCAGAAAUGCUGACUGAAAUGACACCAGGCCAAGAGGAAGCUGGUGACUUGGAACUUUUACAGGAAUUGAAUCGAACUUGUAGAGCAAUGCAGCAAAGACUGCUUGUCUUACUUGAGCAAGUAGCAAAUGAGGAAGUUGUUGGUGAACUUCUACGAAUUAAUGAUGACCUCAACAAUGUGUUCAUAAGAUAUGAUCGAUAUGAGAGAUUUAGACAAGCACAGUCAAAACCUGCUGAACCACCACGUCCUGCUGUUACUGCAGCUCCUGUUCUGCCUCCUAUGCCUACUCCCCCACAGGCUUCAGGUGGAACAGUAGCAGCAGCAGCUCCACCACCAGCUUCUCAAGAUUCUUUGAUUAGUUUUGAUGAACUUCCUUCAACACAGACUGCUYCCCCACAGGCUGAAGGAGGCAUAAGCUCAUUGCCAUCACAGUUUCAAGGAUUAGAAAUCAAGAAAACAACUCAAGAACCUGAUAUGGCUGCAUCAGUCACUCAGGAUGACGAAUUUGAUAUGUUUGCACAAUCAAGGAAGAGUACUUUUGAAGAAAGUAGAAAAGCUGGCACAUCUUACAGUGACAACCAGCAGCCCUUUGACAGAGCAAUUGCUGAUUCAUUGAGUAUUGAGAAAACAAAACCUACUCUUGGUCAAGCAAAGAAAGCUGACCCAAGUGCCAUGGAAAGUAUUGAGGCAUGGCUUGGUGAAGAGGAGUCCAAACAAGAAGGUGAAGCAGAGACAAUGUCCAGUCAAGAUUUUGACAAUUUUCUUGCACAAAGAGCAGCCGCUGAGGGACAACGUACAAACAGUGUUAAAGCAGGCUCACAAAGGCCCAAGCAACGGCAGAUGCAAAUGGAAAAUAAAGAUGAUGAUAUCUUUGGGUUAUAAAAAAAUGAUAACAACUCCAUGUAAUACGAACGUGAUUCAUGAUAAAUUUAUUGAACAUGCUCUGCAAUCUUCAUAGAUUUAGGUUUUUAUUUCUAAAUGAAGAAGGAGUUUUACAGCAUUAAAGAGUGUGUGCCGAUUAACUCUAAUGAAUGCUGACACAGUUAUAGCAAAAUAGCAAACACUAAAACAUCAGCCACAGAAUUAGUGCAUAAAACAUUCAAUGUUUUGUCUUUAGUAAUCUAAUCAAUACAAUACUACAGAUUAGCAGCCACUGGAAGAGAUAAUACAAUAAAAUAUGUCAUUUGAUGUAACAUUCAGUCUCAGAAUUUUGUAAAUAAUGAAUAUCAAUGUUCUGUCUGAAUUAAAAUUUUAACCUUAUAUUAUGUAAGUACUUGACAUCAAUGGAGUGUCACAGCAGAAACCGUUGCAUUCAAUGUUCAAAAGAAAUCAUUAGGAUUUAGGUUUUUCUGCAACUUUGGGGUGGAGCUUGCUGCAAAUCAACCAAUGACUGAAUGAGUUUAUAAAAAGCUCCACCACUCAGAACCAAGGAAAGAACAAAAUCAAACAAACUUUGAAACGAGGAAGUCGCAGUGCAAUGAUUUUCACUUUAGAGUUUUCAUAUCAUAAUUUUGCUAAGUACUUUUGGAUUCACUUAAUUUGCACUUGCACUGAUUGCAUUUUUCUUUUUAUCCAAGACUAAAGUUGUUUUAUCGUAUUGUCUUUCCAUUAGUGGCUGUUAAAAGUUCUCUACUAUCUCACUUGUAUGUGCACUGUUUAUGAUAAAUAAAGUGAAAAUCUCUUCUCACAUAUCAUUAGGGAAUGAUCCUAUUGUUUUAUCAUAAUGAUAAAUAUUAAAUAAAAAUCAAAGAAGUAUA